GUUUUUGCUGAUAAUCAUCUUCCCUACGUUGCGGAAAGCUUGCAAAACUUAAACAAUAGAAUGGUCCCAACACUAGCAGAGAUGACGAUUAAAGCGAUCGAACAACUUCACAGUGGAGGAAAUGGCUAUUUUUUAAUGGUGGAAGGUGGUUCCAUCGACAUUGCUGAGCAUAUGAACACGAUGCAUCUCACUUUUGGAGAACUUUACGAUUUUGAAGAGGCAAUCCGACAGGCGCUGGAAGGUGUUGUCGCAGCUUUCUCAGAACAGACAUGA